GUGGAGAGCGAGAGCACGUCACGAUCUUGUGCCUCGCCGGAGUGAUUUUUUAUUGCAGAUUGCUUAGACGCAUGCAUUUUAAAAGGCAUAAGCACACGGAAUAAUGGAUUAUUUUUCAACUCCGAAAAAUCUAAAGAAUGACGAUUUAGAAGUCACUGGAAUUUCAAGAAGUGGCAGAGUCAGAAAAAAGUCAUCAAAGCUGUUGGAUUUUGAGUCACCAGAUGAUGUUACAGAACAAAGAUUGAAGAGACAAAGAGCUCAACAGCAUGCACACGCUCAACAAAUAUUAGAAAAAUAUGAACAAUCUCAAAAAUUUAAACAGCAAAAUGCUAACUCUCCUCUGCAUAGUAAUUCAUUUCUGCAAAACAAUAUUCCACGUCAGAUAAAUAAUUUUCAUCAGAGAAAUAAUUCACAGCAACCAAUACAGAUCAAGCAAGAAGCUAAUCAAGAAGACACUCAAGAAUCAUCAGAAGAUGAGGAAGAAACGUCUGAAUCAGGACCUGAGGCAACAAACGGAGUUCACCAUGAGGAAUCUAGUGAAGAUUUAUCAAGUGGUGAUGAUGAUGAUGGAGAUGACGGAGAGUCUGAGUUUGAAGAGGAUGAAGUUGAACCUGUAAUGGAAGUAACUGGAUUCACAAAGCUUGAACCUCCAGAACAAACCGAAUUGCCAUCCCAAGCAAAAAACAGUUUAUAUAUGUUAGAAAAAUACAAAAAAAAAUUGGUAAUUAAAGAUGGCAAAGUUAUAAGUAAAACAACAAAAUCACAACGUAAGGAUAAAGGGGUAACAAGAUUCACAGCAUACAUGUUGUGGUCCAAGGAAGCCAGACAACAGUUAGUGGAGCAUCACCCAAACUUAGAUUUUGCAACAAUAUCAAAAAAAUUGGGAGAAUUGUGGGCUACAGUACCUAAUUUAGAAAAGCACAAUUGGAAAAAACGAGCCAAACGCUUACAAUUACGAAGUACUAAUCAAAACAACAAACUACCCCAAUCUUCCCGUCAAUUUAUAAACAAACUAGGAACAGCGAUAAAUCGAGAAAAUGCAGCGCCAAAAACAAUAAACCUUGGCGUUCCAACAAUAGGCAACAAAUUGUACGUAUCGCCACCUCACUUAAAUAAGUCGGGCAAAGAUUUGAACGACGCUCACCUAGGCUUGGGAGGAUACAAAGUUACCGGAACUCAACCAAUAGACGUAGCUGCUCACCUGGCAUUGCUCGGUGAGAGCUUGACACUUAUAGGAAAAAGACUGAAGGAGCACGAGGGACAGAUUACGGUAUCUGGUAGUUUACCGUUACUCUUAGAUUCGUUACUCUGUGCUCUUGGACCUCUGCUGUGUCUAACUCAACAGAUACCUGAAAUGAACGGGGCCGAACCCCAAGUUUUAUCAUCGACUCUCGAGAAUGUAGCAUAUAUUAUGCCCGGUCUGUAGAUUACUGACACUAAUCG